AUGCCCUCUCCCCCUUUAAACCACCUUCCUGUCCCGUCGCACUUCCCCCUGUUCCCCCCCCUUUCCUUUACCUUUCGUCCCCCCCCCCUUUUUCCCAACCCCUUCCUACCUUACUGCCUCCCCCCUCUUCCAAACCCGCCUUGUUCCCUUCCCCCUCAACAACCCUCCUUUGUAAACCUCCCUUCCCCCCCUUACAACCCACCCCUACCCUUUCCCCUUUCCCCCCCCAAAAACCUUCUCCGACUCCUCUCCUCCCCACAAACCCCCACUUCCUUCCUCGUACUCCUUUCUCCCCCUCGUUACAACCCACCUUUCUGUACCGUACUACUCUCUCCCCCUCGUAACCACUCACCUACCUGUACCGUACUGCCCUCUCCCCCUCGUUACAACCCACUUUUCUGUACCGUACUGCCCUCUCUCCCUCGUAACCACUCACCUACCUGUACCGUACUGUCCUCUCCCCCUCGUAACCACUCACCUACCUGUACCGUACUGCCCUCUCCCCAUCGUUACAAUCCACCUUCCUGUACCGUACUGUCCUCUCCCCCUCGUAACCACUCACCUUCCUGUACCGUACUGCCCUCUCCCCCUCGUUACAACCCACCUUCCUGUACCGUACUGCCCUCUCCCCCUCGUAACCACUUACCUACCUGUACCGUACUGCCCUCUCCCUCUCGUAACCACUCACCGUCCUGUACCGUACUGCCCUCUCCCCCUCGUUACAACCCACCUUCCUGUACCGUACUGCCCUCUCCCCCUCGUAACCACUUACCUACCUGUACCGUACUGCCCUCUCCCUCUCGUAACCACUCACCUUCCUGUACCGUACUGUCCUCUCCCCCUCGUAACCACCCAUCUUCCUGUACCGUACUGCCAUCUCUCCCUCGUAACAACUCACCUUCCUGUACCGUACUGCCUCUCCCCCUCGUUACAACACCAACCUUCCUGUACCGUACUGCCCUCUCCCCCUCAUUAACAACCCAACUUCCUGUACCGUACUGCCCUCUCCCCCUCGUUACAACCCACCUUCCUGUACCGUACUGCCCUCUCCCCCUCGUAACAAUCCACCUUCCUGUACCGUACUGCCCUCUCCCCCUCGUUACAACCCACCUUCCUGUACCGUACUGCCCUCUCCCCCUCGUUACAACCCACCUUCCUGUACCGUACUGCCCUCUCCCCCUCGUAACAACUCACCUUCCUGUACCGUACUGCCCUCUCCCCCUCGUAACAACCCACCUUCCUGUACCGUACUGCCCUCUCCCCCUCGUUACAACCCACCUUCCUGUACCGUACUGUCCCUCUCCCCCUCGUUACAACUCACCUACCUGUACCGUACUGUCCUCUCCCCCUCGUUACAAAUCACCGUCCUGUAUUGUACUGCCCUCUCCCCCUCGUAACAACCCACCUUCCUGUACCGUACUGUCCUCUCCCCCUCGUUACAACCCACCUUCCUGUACCGUACUGUCCUCUCCCCCUCGUUACAACCCAUCUUUCUGUACCGUACUGUCCUCUCCCCCUCGUUACAACCCACCUUCCUGUACCGUACUGUCCUCUCCCCCUCGUUACAACCCACCUUUCUGUACCGUACUACUCUCUCCCCCUCGUAACCACUCACCUACCUGUACCGUACUGCCCUCUCCCCCUCGUUACAACCCACCUUCCUGUACCGUACUGCCCUCUCCCCCUCGUAACCACUCACCUUCCUGUACCGUACUGUCCUCUCCCCCUCGUUACAACCCACCUUCCUGUAUCGUACUGCCCUCCCCCCCUCGUUACAACCCACCUUCCUGUAUCGUACUGCCCUCUCCCCCUCGUUACAACCAACCUUUCCUGUAUCGUACUGCCCUCUCCCCCUCGUAA